AUGGAAUCUGGUGUCAUAAUACCCCACACCGUGGAAGGUGUUCUACUUGCCAAGGGGACCACGCCUACUUGGAUUUUACUGAUUGUAUUAGUCGGGCACGCCAUUUUAUUGUCCCAAUUAAUAAAACAUUUGUAUUUGCUUUUGCAGAUAUUGGCAAUGGAUAUUAACAAGGAAAAUUACGAAGAAAUUGGUUUACCCAUAAUCCAAAAAGCUGGUGUAGCUCACAAGAUUGAUUUUCGAGAGGGACCUGCUUUACCCGUUCUUGAUCUAUUAGUUGAAGACAAAAAUAACCAUGGCACGUAUGAUUUCAUUUUCGUGGAUGCUGACAAGGACAACUACAUCAACUACCACAAAAGGAUAAUAGAAUUAGUGAAAGUUGGUGGUGUGAUCGGGUACGACAACACCCUAUGGAAUGGUUCAGUGGUCGCUCCACCUGAUGCUACAUUGGGGAAAUAUGUUAGGUAUUAUAGUGACUUUGUAUUGGAACUUAACAAAGCUUUAGCGGCUGAUCCAAGGAUUGAGAUUUGUAUGCUUCCGGUUGGUGAUGGAAUUACCCUGUGCCGCCGUAGCAGUUGAUUAUUCUAUUUUUUUCCCUGUUUGUUUUGUGAAUUAUAAUAUGUGCAUGUCAUCAAUAUCUCUAUUACUAAAAAAAUAUUUGUAUUUCGAAUAUUGUAUUUCUGAAAUUGUAAGAAAUAUUAAGAUUUUAUUUUAUAUA